AUGACUUUUGGUAAAAAGUUUAAAACUUUACUGAACUCUAUUCCUCGUUCAAAAAAAAACGGCGUAUUCACAAGAGACCAUGAAGGUACGAAGGAUCAUCAAGACGAGGGGUACGAUCAAUACACCUCUUCUCUGGACAACUUUAAUGAUAACCAAGGGACAUCUGAUGAUGAAGAGAUAUAUGAAAUAGAAAUUAAACCUUCCGCGGAUUUUAGAAGCCAACCUCACGAAUUCGAAGAUUCCGAAAGUGAAGACGAUUUAGAAACCCUCGCUCGCAGAUACAACGUUGACGAAUUUGAUUCCCCACAAAAUCAGAAUCAGAACGAUUUCACAAACCCACAAAUUUAUCAUCGAAGCCAGGAUCAGAACGCUUCUACUAGUUCUCAAAUCUAUCACCAAAGUCAGUAUCCGAAUGCUUUUAAUAACCCAGAUCCAUUUCGAGAUAACAGUAAUGUCUUGUCAUCUAACGGUCAUGGGCUUAGUGAAGAUGAACAGAUAGCCUUGGCAAUAACACGGUCUUUAAACGAGAUAGCCUCAGUAAUAACACGGUCACUAAGUAAUAUGAGAUCGAAAAAAACUCAGUCUCAAUCGCAGCUGAAUGUGACAGAUACAAAUCCAUUUCGAAAUAAAAUUCAGGAUAUGAACUCGUACUCAGAUAAAAGUCAGGUUAUGAACUCAUAUCUGAAUAAAAGUUUGCCGCCACCCCCCUACGAUGAAAGAUCGAAUAAUUACCCAUCGGAGAAAUCGAACAAUUUCCACUCUCGGUCGCCUGGUCACCCCCGUUCGUCAACGCGCAAUCCUCCAAUGAUGCAAAACUGGAUCAACCUCCCAGAUCAGACACCCCGUGAUUUUAAAAUACUUUUAUUAGGCGGGACUGGGACUGGAAAAUCGACGAUAAUCAACACAAUCACGAAUUACUUUUUAAGAGGUACUCCCGAUAAUCCGAAUAUUGUCAUUCCCACAAAGUAUCAUAAAGUCACCGAAGAAGGAUUCAUCAAUAAACAUUCCGAAGCAAAAGUUGGUGAUGUGACUAGGAGUCAAACCACAAAAUGCCACAAAUACGCUUUUCGACAUCCCCAAAACCCUGCCUAUAGGUUCAUUUUUAUCGAUACACCUGGACUGAGUGAUACUAAUGGUACAAAACAAGAUGAUAAAAAUAUCAGCGAAAUUGUUGAUACAGCAAUCCGCGCUGGUUCAUUAUCUGCUCUAGUGAUCAUCGUAAAUGGAACUGAAGCAAGAGUGACCAACUCGGUCAAGAACACUUUAGUUCGCUUGGCGAAUAACCUACCAGAUGUUUUAGUCGAUAAAAAUUUGCUACUUAUCUUAACAAAAUGUUCAAAAAGCAGUGCUUGUUUCUCGAUACCUUCUUUUUCGGAAGAAAUUACCACGCCGAAGAAAGUUUUCUAUAUGGACAAUCAAGCUUUUGGUACCGAUCCUCAAAUAUGGAAAAACGACUUUGAAGAACGCAAAUUGGUUCAAAUUCACUGGAGUCAGUCUUUUCGAACAAUUGAUGAUCUCUUACGCACGAUCACUGAAUUAUCAAACACUUCGACUGACGCCUUUAAACGUAUGAAGGCUCUUCGAGACAAAAUCAAAACGGAAAUAACAAAAAUAACCCAAGAUAUCGCAAAUAUCCAGCAAGUCCAGGACGCUCUCGAUGCCGCUCAGCAAGCAUUGCAAGUAACUGGAGAUCAAAAAAACUCCUUCGCUAACUAUACAAAAACAGAGAAUAUUACGCUCAAAAAAAUCGUUCCUGCCAGUUACCAUAGCACAGUUUGCGUUACUCACUUGAGAGAAGAUAUUAUUUGUCAUGACCAUUGUGGACUUGAGUUUAAAGACACCUCUGACACUUCUCACUUUAGACAUUGCGCGUGUAUGGGAGAUGAUGUGAUGUGCACAGAGUGUGGAUGCGGACCUCAGAGCCAUGUGCACGAAAAAGUACAAUUGAUUACUGAAACAAAAACUAUCAAUAAAGUUCUUCAAGACAUGAAGGCGCAGUACGACAUGGCUGAACAAGAACAUCAAAGGAUCGACCAAGAUGCAAAGGAUUAUCAUGAAACCCUCGCAAAACUCCAAGCUACCGCAGAUGAUAAGUACAAACAAAUCCACCAACUUUGCUACGAUCUAAGUAAAGUUUGUUCUCGGUUCAACUUUGUCGAUGAGCUUCAUGCGAAUAUCGAAAAUAUGCGACAGGAUGCGAGAGCUAUGCAAAAUGCUAAUAUGCGAAAGAAAGCUGAAGCAGAGAUUAGGAAAAUUGAGAAGUUGGCAAAUGAUUUGUCGACUAAGAGAAACAGAAAAUAG